AUUUACAUAGUGGCAAUGUACUGAUUUUAAACUAUGAAGGAUUCUCGUGGAUAAGUGAUUUAGGGUUGUGCGGUCCAGUAAAUCAAUCUAACGAAAUUUAUGGCAUUAUACCUUAUACUGCACCUGAGGUCUUACAGGGGAAACCUUACUCAAAAGCGUCUGAUAUUUAUAGUUUUGCGAUGUUAAUGUGGGAAAUGACAUCUGGGGUCAUGCCGUUCUAUGAUAUAUCUCAUAAUGCACAGCUUAUUUUUAGAGUUUGCUCUGGUGAACGUCCAAAAAUUAUUGAAAAUACUCCACUUAAUUAUGAAAAUCUGAUGAAAUUGUGCUGGAAUCCUGAUCCAUCUCAACGAUUAAGUGCCGCAGAAAUUUUUAUUAUAAUUGAUGAUUGGAUCGAAAAUUUUGAAAAAAAUCCUCAUGAAAUAAAAUCUAAUUAUGUAAAAGAUGCAAUAACCAAAUUUAAAGAACAUGAUAAGUUAAAAAUGUCCACAUCAAAUGAUGAAGCCG